GGUAAGAUUUGAGAUUGUGUGAAAUAGAUGAAAGGAGCUGAUUGAAUGUGUCAGGUGGGCUGGGGUCAAAGGAAAUUGGUCCGUCUAAUGCAAGAGGACUGGCCAGGCCAUGAGGUUCAUCUGACUGUCAAGAAACAACCCUGUCAUGGUGUACUGAACACUGCCACUGGCUUCUUCAAGCCUAUACGACUCCCAUCUCUCAUUGGAACUCCUCCUCUCCUCACUGGCUCUGGCACAGAGCAAAGGACUCACACCAUUGAGCCCAUUUGUCCCUCUGUGCCUCCCCCUCCAAAGCCAAAGGAGGAGAAAGAGAAGGGAGGUGGAGGAGGGAGGAAGAGUCAGGCAGAGGUAGAGGAAGAUUUGGAAGGAGCCCAGCCAGUGGCUCAGAGGGCCUCUCUCUUCAGGAGGGCCACUGUCAUUGGACUACAGGCCAAGGGGAAUGAGGAGUCAGGAUCUCAGGAAGCAAAAGAUUCAGUAGUGGAGGGGAAAGGUCAUGAUGCUGUUGUUGACCGAACAGUCAGUUCUCCUCCUGGCAAGUCCUCUGCACCCUCUAAGACUCCUACUCAUCGACUGAGGAGGGAGGAAGAUGGAAAGCGAGGUGGGAUAAGUAAGGAGCUUGCUGCUAUAUCUCCUAUGAAGGAGAGGGAGAAAGAGAGAGGGAGUGAGAUGCAAUUGCCAGCCUCGGACCAUAUUGAAGUGAAGAAGAUCGUACGUGAAAAUGUAAGGACGUAUCGCCGACCACUGGUACGGAACCCAGCUCUCCAGAGCCAGUUGACAGUGGAUUCUCUGAAGAGCUCAUCUCUCUAUCAACCUCCACCUCCCCCUCUAUCCAAACCCAUGGCUCCUGCCUUUGUCAUGAAUCUUGACACUCCUCAUGCAUCUGAUACUGGGGAAGUAGCAAGAGGUGGAGAUGGUCCUCAGAUGAUUGUGAAGGAGGAUUCAGUGACAGUGGAUGGAGUGGAGUAUCCACCUGUGUUCAUUCCUGAGACAUAUUCAUUACAAAGGGCUCGACCUCCCGGGGCAGGGGGCUCCCUCCGUCGCCACCACAAACCCCUUGGCCCAUCCAUGCCUGACUCUUAGCAUCACUUCAUCUCUUCUUUUCUCAAAGAUCUGUAUUAAGCCCUACUCAUGAACCAUUAGCCAGUAAGGUGAAACUGAAGCUAAAGACAAUUUUGAAGUCAGAUGACUUCAGCUCACAUAUCUGUAACUGUUGAAAUUGUUUUGUAGCUGUAUGUCAGAUCCAUAUUGCAUGACUGUGAUGGUAAUGUUUGUUGGUUUCAUGUCUACCCAGAUCAUUUAUUGUAAGGGGGAAAAUAUUUUUAUUUAAAAAAUGGUCUAUAAUUUUUUUUUCAACUUAAAGUAGGGUUCACUGUAAUAGGAGAGGAUACACUGAGCUUACAAACUACAAUGGUCAGAGUUAAAUUAAAAGCUAAAUGUGACCUCAUCACGUACACUGUUGAGAUCACAAGCUGAAGAGACUUAUUUACGAUCUUGAAAUUAAGGGGAUCAGUAAUGAUUCUUGGUUUUUCAGCUUAUUAUAUUUAAUUUUGAAAAACUGAAAUAGGCCUGCUUCUCAGGUUGAACCAUGUGAGUCUCAUUUCAAAACUUUUUCAGCUUUCCAGUUGCAGUGCCAACUCACAAAGAAAUACGAUUGUGAUAUAAAAUUUUGAGGAGACAUUCAAAGGACUGUGAAACAUUUCUGUUGGGAAACAUUUGAUGUUUAUUAUUGAAAAAGAAACAUGCAAGGUAUUUUCAAGUAAAACAUGAGACAUCCUAUGUUAGACAUCAUUCUUGAAGUGGAAUACCAUUAUACCAUUUUCUGUAACUGUUGAAACAUUACAGGUGAAAAUAAAUAUUGGCUAAUCAUUC